CAACACAAGAACUUUGAGUUUGAGACAGGGCUUUUUAGAUUUGUUGAAAGUGAAACUAUAAACAGUUUCAUGCUCACACUUGCUAGCACAGCAAUAGAAAGCUCAAAAAUCAAUGGAAUUAAAAGUAAGCAGAUGUACCUGAAAACGUUGUCAUUAAAGUUAAUGCUAUGAUUUUGUUAAGUCAAAAAAGCCUGGUUUUUCUGCCAAACUGCUUUCUUCUGCAAUCCCAGGCGACACAGAGAAUAAUGUUUUUCAGUCGUGUUUCUUCUUAGCAACAUUGCUCAACUUCAUUCCGCAAUUUUAUAUUCAAGCCUUCCAUUUACUUGCUGCAAGUCAAUACAAAACUUUCUUAGCCUUUAGACGGAAGAUGCUUUAUCCAAAAUGCCAUUCCGUGGUUUAAAAUUUUAAAAGUAACUCUUAUUUAAAAUACUUCGGCAUUAAAUAUGGCUUUCUUUAGACCCACUUAUUACCCAGAUCCCCGAUUUACCCAGAUUUUAUUGGUAGUUGAGCAGCAGCAGCGUCAUUAAACUGCUCCUGCUCCAUUGGUAAUGACAGAUGGAUCGUAUUCAGGGAACUCUUCAACCACAGACGUCGCAUGAUUAUCUUCUUUUUGAGAGACAAAUGUUGAUUAUGGAUGAAAACUUUUUUUUUCAGCAGCCAAACCGACUUUUCUCCAAAACGCCGAUUUUUUUGGUUUUGGUUUUGGGAGAGGUUGAAAUUUUUUACUUAAAUAUGUUGAUCCUAUAACUUUUGGUCUUUCCACAACCAAAUUGUCUUCCUUGGGAGCAUGAAAUGAUAGAUCAUUUAAAGCCUGAGUCAAGGUUUCAUGAAGGUGGUCUAGUGCAUCAUUAUCAUACACUAUGAAUGACAAGCUCUUGAUUUGGUUUAAACUUAUCUGCAAGACGAGGCCUUAAACCUCAACCUCGUUCCCAGGGCAAUUUUUCGCUUUUUUGAUAUCCGAGACGGCGCAAAGAAAUGACCCUGGGCCAGGCUGGUUAAAAUCAGCACGAUUCGUGCUGAUUUUUAAUUUAUUCAAAAACAUGCGGACCGCCGAGAACACUGUAUUGCAAUAAUUUAUGUUUAGCUAGUGUUUGGAGUUUUUGCUUUGAGAAAAUAUGAUUGCAGUGUUGCCUUCGCUUUUUGUGGCUACAUACAAAUUUUAAAUAUAUAUUUAUUUUAAAGUUUUCAGCCAUCUAUAGCUAGCUAGCUAGCAAAGGCCUAAGACGUACUUUUGCAGCUACAAAGGUUGUGCAAACCAAGGUAGUUAUGAUUUUUAGCUAUCUUUAUUUUAUAUUAUAGUUAAAAGUGAAAGUACUUUUAGCUAGCCACAGAAUUAUCAGAGGGUUUUAUGAUUAGAAUUACACUGAAGAUGCCUAGCUAUAGCUAGUUAAGUUUUUAGUAUUUUUUUAGGAACAUGCAGUCUUUCUAAUUCCAUUUUUGUCUUGCAGGCGACUUAUUGGUGACAUAAACCUCUAUAAACCUAAGUUGAGGCUUUAUCACGCCGGCAUUAUGGUCGCGUGUAGCUAUAUAUUAUACUAGUAUUGAGUCAUCAAACGUAAUCAACAUAACCAUGUGUCAGAUACAGAUCAGAUAUAUACGUUUAGAUGUAUAUAAUAACUGGUUCCUUUUGUCUGUUAUUAUUGUUGUAACGUGCAUAUACACCUAAAGAAAAUCAUUUGUCAAAAUUUUUUACCUAACUUAUGUUAUUGCUAGGUCAAAAUUUAUAAUUUUCUUUAAAAAAAUCUUACCGCCCUGCUUUAAAUGCCUAAAUUCUGAAAUUCGGAAUGUAUAUAUAGCUAUUACAGAAUCAUUUUUUAUGCUAAUCCCAUCAGACCAGCCUAAAAGCAUCUCCUAACAAGUUUUAGCUCAAUAUCUUUCUUUUUCAUGUUUCUUUUUCAUCAUAUUGCACUUUUGGUUUUUCACAAAACCGGUCCCCGGAAACUCAUUUACAACUAAAUGGCCCCUACGGUCAAACCAAUUGACUUUUUUCAAUAAUUUUAAGUUUGUUGCUUUACUAAAAGAUUAAAAGUCAUAAAACAUAGGAUGUUACAUUUCAUGCAGUCAGAGAAAAUUGUUAUUUAAUCUGUAAUCCAUUGUUAUUUAAAAUCUGUAACCGAUUGUUAUUUAAUCUGUAACCGAUUAAUUAAGACUAAUUAGAAGGUACGUAUAGAUUAAUUAAGCGUAUAUAUAACUAUUUGGUUAAUUAAAUGGUAUGAACUUCUUAAUCCAGUUUUUUAACCUUUUUCAACCAAAUCAACAGCAUGUGAUUUUAUUUUUUUGUUUAUGUUUAUUUUUUAUUUACUUUUAUGUUUAUGUGUUCUGUCUCCCUUAGAAAAAAUAUUAGCUAGAGAGUAAAAGAAGGUCUGUUCAGGAGAAAGAGGAUUAGUUAUGUAUACCUAUAUAUACCUUGUGUUGUAUUUAAGCUAGCUAGAUAGCUGCUAAACAUGUGUUCGAGCAAACCUACAUUGUGUUUUUCUACACCCUGUGCACAAAAGCCACAAAAGCUAGCAUAGCUAGCCUUUUCUAGCUCUAGUCUAGUAGCUACCUCCUCAACCGCACUGCAAAAAAAACAGAACCUUACUUUAACAGUCUCUAAAAGUACAACUAAAGGCUAUUUAAUUUUGUUUGCACGUUAAGCUAUACUAACAAUGCCAAAUAUUUUAUUUUUCACAAAAAUAAAUUCAGUCGAGCAGAACAUUAACAUUCCGGCGUCCCUUUCGCACAUAAACUUUAUAUGGUUGUUUAUUUGUAGCAAAAUUAAAUAUAUAUGUACAACAAAAAUAUAUAUAUGCAAGAAAAAAUAUAUAUAUGCAAGAAAAUCGGUAAUAUAUAUGGACAAUAAAGAUAUAUGCAACAAAAAUAUAUAUAUGCAAGAAAAUCGGUAAUAUAUAUAUGCAACAAAAAUAUAUACUUCGCAUCCAAAAAUAUAUAUUCAAGGUUUUUUAUAUGCAAGGUUUUUACUUAAAACAUAUCUGGUCCGGGUUUUGUUUAAAAACAUAUUCGAUAUACUUUACGCUCCUAUCCUCAAUAUAAAAACAAAGAUGGAGUUCGGUCAUCUGCAUGCGUUUUUUCAAGAAUUGAACAGACUAGUAGAAAGAGCCGAGCAAAGGGAUAAUUUGGACAAAAAACAGCUAAAUGAUAUAUUGGACAAAAUUGGAAUUUCUCUCAACACACUUUCAAAUUUGUCUUGUCAAGACCAAAUAUUGUCUUUUGAUUCAAAAACUAUAAUUAAUUCACUCGUCGAGAAUUUACUCGUGAUUCUUCAGGAAGUACAACGAGAAUCUGUAGGUUUUAUAUCUGAUAGAGUGGCUAUUAUUGAUUAUACCCCAAAUAAACUUUACAGGAAUGGACCUGGUAGACCCAAGUGGGAUAUAUCGGAGGAUGUAUUACUUUACUUUCGUGAUCUGGGUUAUUGCUGGAAGGAAAUUUCAUCAAUGCUAUGUGUCUCAAGAUGGACUGUGGGUAGAAGAAUUAGGGAACUCGGUAUUUCAGAAAUUACUGGCUACUCUUCCAUAUCUGAUGAGGCACUUGAGCAGACUGUUAAAGACUUUAAAGAUAGUCACAGUUCUUUUGUUGGAAGAUCCUUGGUCCUUGGGCAUUUACGAUCUCUUGGUUUACGUGUACAGCAUAAAAGAGUAAUUGAAACUUUAAGAAAAAUUGAUCCUGAAACUUCGAGAAUACGUUGGAAUUCUUUAAUUCGACGAAGAAAGUAUAGCGUCCCUGGCCCCAACAGCCUUUGGCACAUCGACGGUCAUCACAGUCUUAUUAACUGGAAAUUUGUAAUUCACGGCGGAAUGGAUGGAUAUUCGCGUGUUGUUGUGUAUUUGUGGUGCAGUACAAAUAACAAAAAAGAUACUGUACUAAAAUUAUAUGAUAUGGCAGUAAAUCAAUGGGGUAUCCCUUCACGCGUUCGAUCAGAUGAAGGUGGUGAAAACGCCCUAGUCUGGCAAAGGAUGGUUGAGCUUAGGGGUGAUGGUAGAGGAAGUUAUUUAGCUGGAUCGUCGGUCCAUAACCAGAGGAUAGAACGUCUUUGGCGGGAUGUAUGGACAUAUGUUUGUGCACAGUUUUACUACACUUUUCAAGCCAUGGAGACACAAGGUAUACUUAAUAUGGACACCGAUCUGCAUGUUUUUAUUUUACAUUACGUGUUUCUACCAAGAAUAAACAGAGUUAUCACUUCUUUUACUGCCGGCUGGAAUAAUCAUCCCCUCAGAACAGAACGCAAUUGGUCACCCAAUAGAAUCUGGAACAAUGGUAUGAUUGACAGAAGAAAUAGAAGUCAACAUCAAGUGGCAGAACUGUUUGAUACUGAUGGUACAUUAGAGGACCUUGAAUGGUAUGGUAUGGACUGGGCUGGUCCAACUCCGAAUGAUGAUGGCUUAUCGACAGUAGAAGUUGACGAUGUAAAUUUUGAAAUAGCUGAAAAUAUUUUACAAACAUUGAACUCGAUUGACCCUUUGCGGGAUUCAACAUGUUAUGGGAUAGACAUUUACCUGGAAGCUUUAGCAUUAUUUUCAGUUGAUACUAAUCCAGGGACUUGGCAGUGUUAAAUUUAUUUUUUUUUCAAAAAAAAUUGCGCAAGCAAUUUCUACCUGAGCCCGAAACCGAAUUGCUUAAAAAGGUGUGCCACCCUGGACUACCCUUAAACCAAAGAAACGUCAACGUGAAUUUGUCGUAUAUUGUUUAUAUUAUCGUUUAGCUUCAAAUGUAA